GCUAAAUUUUGAGCCUUCGCGGUAGUGAAAAUGGGCGGGUGCUGGUUCAGUUCACAUUUUACCGCAGUGGUGCGAGGCCAUGUUGCGAUAGCCAGGUUAAAAAAAUAGCACAAGGUUAAUGAUGGACAUUCAUUUUUACUGAGUGCGUGUGAUAGAGGACAUGUCGACCUAUCAAUAUACGAAAUGUGCGUGCUUUUGGGAGUACCUGGUUCCUUUCACCAGAUUUUGGGGAGUCUUCACAUCAGUUAUUCUGUGUGGCGUGGGAGUCGACGUCGCCUUCCAUCAUCACGCAGUGGGCAUCUACGUCAUAAUCGGGGCUGUCGUAGUAUUUUUCUGCGAGGUCACGUGGGCUGUGACGUUGUUCCUUCAAGUGUGCCUCAGGAACGAAUACAGCCCUGUGUACCGGUGUUGGGACGUGGUGCUGUGGCUCGACUGCUGGAAGAAGACGUUGCUGUACGUCGCCCUCUCGGUUCUACUCUUCAUUCACCCACACCAACUAUGGCUGUCCUCUGUCGCAGUUCGCCAUAGGCGAUCCUUGGUCAGACGGAAAAAAUCUUCCGAAUACAAGACACGCAAGGCGAAGUAUCAAAUGGAUCUCCGUUACGUAGUUUUCGGAGUUGUGAACAGGAAAAUGAGCGUUAUGCUGGUCCUGCUAGCGAGCCUUUAUCUCCUGCUAACGUGCAAGAAUCGCUUUGAGACCAAGGACCUGCUGCUUCAGAGCAGGGAGGACAGUUAUGACAGGUUUGAGGAUAUGCCAGAAGUAAUCGACGAUUCUUUGCCCGGCCCGAUUCACGACAGUCUGUCUGACAGUCUGGUAGACCAGGACGUGAUCCUGGAGAUGUGACAGCCGCCAUCUCGCGCGCUCGACUCUGGAAACUGGAGCGAAGGCUUCAGCGUGGACAGCGACGACACUCAGGACGACAGCAGGUCCUCAGCAAGCAGCAGCAGCAGUUAGUUGAAAGGAGACAAACACGGCCAUCGACUGUGGUUUUUUGGCUGUAAGAACGACGUCCAUGUUCAUCGGCAAUUUUAGCAUCACUGAUCAGGUUUAAACUCUUUUAGUGUCAAUCUGUUUUAUCUUUUUAAACUGCUGACAAGAUAAAAUCAAUAUGGAAGACAAAUGGAAUUAUCGGUAAAUGCAUUAAGGCAGUCUGUGGAAGUGUGAUCAUAUAAUGAAAAUGCAGUAGUUUGUAGCCUCGGAAUAUUGAAAUUUUGUGAAACACGGGGAAGGCAUUAAUAGAACAACGUAAGGUGGAAAAUAGGGUCUACGUUAAAAAGAGACCAAUAUCAUAAGACGUUAAAGAUAGACUAGAGACGGUACGUCAUACUAAGUGGUUGCCAAGGUCCACUUAAAAAACAGACAGCUGUUCCGCCAGCCAUCACGUGGGUGGGGAAAUCAUAACCACCUACUUUCACCAUUUCCAGGCUUAAGUUUAAGUUAUAUUUUUCGUUCAUCAGUUUACCCACAAGCCACACAAGUGUGAAUUUCUUCGAAACACAUUUGCACUUUUUAAAUUAAAAUAUGAAUCAGCGGUACUAAUGUAGUGAUUUUACACGCGUUUGAAACUUAACAUUUAUUGAAACUGGGAUAGUUUCAGCCAUCUGUAGCUUACAUUUCGAUAACUGAGUCAUGUCGCAUAAAACAUCGAACAUGAUCGCGGGUUUGACAUGUCUGGACCAGAUGUCAUAAAAUUCUUGCCUUUCCAUUACUGUUUACGUGUUUUUAAUAACUUCGAUAAUGUAACAACGGACGGACGUUUCAGACGCUAUAAAUAGAAUCAAAAUUGCUUUCUAUUAUUGUUGUUAAUUAUUAAGGCUGAAGUUGAAGUCAAAUAAAUAUUAAAGUACAUAUUAUAGUUAUAAAUUUACUUCAAACAUGUAUUUCCCACGUGACAAAGCAGGCUAUUCAUAAAACUGUUGAGUCUGACCUUUUAACCAAAGUGCAAAUUUUUGUUCUGUCUAAAGAAUGGGAAAAUAAUUUCCAAAAUGUUAUAUGAUAUCUGAAAACUCUUCCUUCUUUGAGAGAAGAUCGUAUUGGUUAUUUGUGCCACUUUUGCAUACGGUUUUUUAAAGUAUACUAAGAAGCUGCUUAGUUCUAAAGACGAAUCUGGAAUUCAAAUGAUGUGCGUGGUUACUUUAUGUGAUGCCAUGUACAUUCAGCAGAAAAACCUGCGACGUUACGAACAAAGUCCAUGAGUACGCGUAACAUAAGAAAGAUAUUCACUCGUAUGCGUCAUUUGACUAGCGUAACAAAUAAAAAAUGUGACUAUUUUCUUUGCAUCUUUAAGCGAUAUAAAACAUUAAAAGUAGCGAUAUUUUGUGAGAAAAUACUAUUUAAUCAAUUAGUUUCUCAGGAAGCAGGAUGAAAAACAACUUCUAUAUGCAGUGUAUUUUUUACUGUAGUCCGUAACUUUAAUUCAGCACGAGGGACACUGCUUCACGGAUAUUAAAGAUUUUAGAAAGGAUUGGCAGUGACAUCUGCAGUUAACAGUUCCAAGUGCAUUUCGUUGCUGUAGUAAUGGAUCAGCCGACAAUUCCAUUAAGUUGUUAUUCCUGUUUAUUUAUCAGAUUUCUGGGCUCAUGCUUUAGUGCGAUUUUAGUGACAAGAGUAAAGAGGAAAAUUUAAAGUACUUAGCAGAUAGAAAUGAAUGCAAGGACGCCCCGAGAUAUUCUGUUGUUUCCUCGUUUAUUUUAUGACGCUUUAUGAGCUUCAGAUAAUAUGUUGCGUCGAAAACGAAAUGACAGCAGUUAUAAAUAGCGAAUCUAGAAGGACUUUAGAUGGAAUGGUGGUUGGCUGUGUUAAGUUACCUCUAUCGGAGCAUUUAUUUUACGAUAUUAAGACCAUAAAACAUCAAUCACGUUAACUGAUUCCAUGUAUCUCUGGAAUGCACAAGCAGCUUUGUUUCUGAUGUAACCCACUCGGUGAAAUAUUAUAUUAAAGUAAAUUUAGUCGAAAAUAAGUCCUUGUUCUUGUUCGGCCCUCGUCAUCAAGGCCUACCAACUGCAUUCAUAACUUUUGAGGUUAUGACUCUUUUCAUUUUCGCAAUGUAUUUUCCAGUAAAAUAAAUACAUUUCUUCUCAGAUAUGAAUUGUGAGGUAACGUUCAUGAUUAGUAUUUGUUAUUUUAAAACUUACCGCAGAAGAUUAACGAAAUUUUUUCCACCUCCAUUUUGAAGUAAAGAUUUUUAUGGCGGAAUAUAUAUAUUGGUGUUUUGAGCUUGACAUUAAUACAUGUGGCUCCAUGUAUCAAUUAUAUUAAAAUUAGAUGUUCCAGUUCCUAAUACUAGCCUGUGUGCUUCGUGUUUGGAAGUAUCAGUGACGAAUACCAUCAUUAACUUUUCAUGUAAACUCAAAAGUAUUUGUCGCUUUGUGUUACCGCUGAACAUUUAAAACAAAAUAAUGUACCUCAAAAACAGAAUGGACAGGCUUGCAGUUAAAUGGUGUGUUUAUUCUGUUUAUGAAAUGAAUUUACUGGAUGCAUCACCGUCGAAAUGCGAAUACAGACGCUAGCGUGUUGUCACCGUUUGAGAAACAUCGGUUGAUUCUGAAAAAAGUUCACGCGAAUGAACGCAAGCUGAUCAAAUUUUUGUAUUUAAAGCAUGACUCUGAUUGGUUGUAGCUUCUCCGAUGUUAUGAAAUCUAAAUGUUGUUUAUCUGUGUCGCUGUUUUCUAGCAACCAUUUUCAUAAAGAAAUUAAUGUGUAAAGCCCACAUCAAAUAUUUACGAGUUACAGAAGGAUGGGGAGUACAAAUACAUUUGUCUAGGUCUGAGUAUAUUAAUCCAUUUAGAAAUGUACUAAAACACGAAUAAAAUAUCAACGGUAUACAUCGCUUCAGGCUAAAUAAACUCAACACUAGAAAUAAUUUAACAAAAUGUAUUCAAAACUUAGGCAUUCUUUACGACACGUUCUUAUAUAAUUAUUAGUUAAAACAUGUACAGUAACGUAGAAUAAAAUUGUCUGUAAAUAAUUUAAUUUUGGUUAAAAUAUGAAUGUGAUAUCAAAUAUUA